AUGAAUAUACCGAGUCCUAUUUUGGAGCAAGUCUUUAUAUACUUGGAUUGGAAUGAACGUUCACGAGCUGCUCGUGUGUGCAGGAAGUGGUAUUCUGUGUUCCGUUCUCCGAGUUUAUGGAGAAGAAUUGUGUUUAAGCCACCUUGUCGGCGGUUGACUAAACUUCAAUAUGAUAUUAAGGGUUAUCGUUUGUCAUGUUGUUUAAAGGCAAUUGGAUGUCAUAUUCGCAGCUAUAAGUUUCUAAAAAGUGAUGAUUUGUUUCUGCUCAACCGAACAUUGAAUCUCGUCGCGAAAUUUCUUGAAUACAAUGCCAAGUUACACAAGCGGAAUGAUGAACUUGAUAAAACAUGUUUUGAUUCAGAUGAUAAUGAGUAUUACGAAUCCUCCGUGUCAGCACGUGAUUUUUCACUUAGUAGAAAGUCAAGCCACAAUGCUGAUUAUGAAACAGUGUAUGGACCUGCUGGUUUUAUCAUUGAGGGCGAUCCUGAUGCUGAAGCUACCCUCCGGCUUAUAUUUGAACUACAAGAGCAUGAAGCUCAGCAAAAUACAUCCGAUUUUUCUCCUUCUGACGAUGAUGGGUCUGAACUGUUCGAUGAUUUUGAACAGUUCAGCUUGAACAGAAUGUCAUCAAUUAGCUAUCCUCCAUCUCAACGGUAUCACAAUAGCAGCCUACAGCGUAGUCAAAGCGCUCAGUGUCCUUCAACAGUACAGUCUUAUGCAAUCCCUCGCUAUCCACCGGUUGUUCACUCUUUUGAGUUGGAUUUUAAUGCUGAGGUUGAUGACUUACGCGGUUUUGUAUAUGGAACUGGAGGUGCAUUGUUAACAACAAUUAGUCGAGUUAUACGUCAGUUAAACAGACUUCGUCGUCUUCGACUGGUGGAUCUUUUUCUUGUUCCAGACGAUGCUAGACGGUUAGUUUGUGAGUUGAGUGAUGUUGUUUCACAGUGUUUAACUGAUCUCAACCUUCUUCAUUUCAACAAACCGUCAAGUGGUGCAACUUCAACAUAUCUCUGUGAUUAUGUACCAAGUUUUCCGAACUUUACCCUAAACGGCUGUCAAAAUAUUAGCCAUGCUUUAAACAGUAAUAACUCUGAGCACGUUGAUGAAGACUGGUAUCUUUUAGAUCCUCGUUGGCUUAGUGCUCGACCCCAUCGGAUUGCGGAUAAUCCUUUAUGUGAUUUAGCUAAUCUUUUUCCAAAGAUAACACGUCUUACUCUAAGCCCAACGCAAUUUACUGGUCCAAUGCUACUUCGACUUUUAUAUCAGACUCCAUUAAAGGAGCUAAUUUUAAUUCAAACUGAUUUAACAGUGUUCUCCGUACCUCGUACUGGAAACCUAACCCAUGUCCAACGAACAAUAUCAUAUGAUUCUGAUGAUUUAGGUGUAGCUUUCAAUGAGGAUCAUAAUUUCGAUCCUAAUGACUCUAUUAUGUCAGAAUUAAUUGAUUGGACAGAAGAUAUUCCACACCUUCGAAGAUAUGGUACUAGUCAAGAAACCUAUAAAUGGAAAGUUAUACUCCCAAACAUGUGGCGUGCAGCACUUUUCCUUCGCCCACACUUUACCGUUCAUUUAAAGUUAAAUCUAGUCGAAGAUUUAACUUGUUUGCGUUGGAAAAAUUCUUUAUCAGAGGAUAAGUUGAAUUCAAUACACAAUCUACUUUCAUUCUGGCCUCUUCCACCGGCACCAGUUACCUCAAUCACAUUAAUUCUAAACGGAGAACCUACAUUCAUCGUGGAUUUAAUUAGUCCACGUAAUCCGAUCAGUCCGGUUUCCUAUUCACAAUCACUCACAUCGUUGAUAAUAGUAUUAGAGCAUAUUCCUUCUGAAGUGAAUCCAUCUACUUCGAAAAAACAGUCUAAUGAAGUUUGUGAUGAUAAUUGUUCAAAUGGAAUAGAUCAUUUAUUACAAGAUUUAAUCAAGGCUUGUAAACAUUUAACCCUACUGGCUCUUGGUGGCUCUAGCGCAUAUGUACAUAUUUUAACUUUACUGGUAAUAUGUCAUCAAAGAAAUCAACCUAAUUGUACAGGUGAUGAAUACAAGUAUAAUCCAUUACAAUUGCUUGUUCAAAGGGAAUGCUGCCGAUUGGAUGGCGUUUGUCCGUUGAAUGUUCCAGCUACCAUCUCUGCCUGGUAUAGUACAAUGAUGUCCGAAUCAGUCUCGUCUAGGAUAAGAGUAGCAGAGUGUUGCCUGUGUACCGUACUGGGUCAACAUCGAUGGCAUUUCUUAACAAAUUCAGAAUUUAAUAACCAAUUGAGUAAUUACCUUUUCUGA